AUGGGCAUUAAAGAGCUCGCCGUCUUUCUCCUGGUCCUCUCUCUUUGUCUGGAGGGAGGAUCGGCCAAAGAAAAAGGAACAAAGAAGGGGAAGAAAAAAGGGAAGCAGGUUUACUGUCCAUCACAGCUGUCAUCCGAGGAUCUGGCCCGAGUCCCGGAGAAUUCAACCAGUAACAUCUUGAACAGGUUACUGCUCACCUAUGAUCCCAGAAUAAGGCCCAACUUCAAAGGAAUUCCCGUGGAAGACAGAGUGAACAUUUUCAUCAACAGCUUUGGCUCCAUUCAAGAAACGACGAUGGAUUACCGAGUCAACAUCUUCCUGCGGCAGCAAUGGAACGACCCCCGGCUGAAGCUGCCGCAGGACUUCAAGUCCGAUUCGCUCACCGUGGAUCCGGGGAUGUUCAAAUGUCUCUGGAAGCCGGACCUGUUCUUCGCCAACGAGAAGAGCGCCAACUUUCACGACGUCACCCAGGAGAACAUUCUCCUCUUCAUUUUCCGGAACGGAGACGUCCUCAUCAGCAUGAGGUUGUCCGUCACCCUUUCCUGUCCCCUGGACCUCACGUUGUUCCCUAUGGACACACAGAGGUGUAAGAUGCAACUUGAAAGCUUCGGCUACACCACAGACGACCUGCAGUUCAUGUGGCAGACGGGAGACCCGGUGCAAAUGGACAACAUCGCUCUGCCUCAGUUUGAUAUCAGACAAGAAGAUAUCGAUUAUGGGAACUGCACCAAAUUCUAUUCGGGAACAGGGCACUACACUUGCGUGGAGGUUAUCUUCACCCUAAGGCGACAGGCUGGCUUCUACAUGAUGGGUGUUUACGCCCCCACGCUGCUCAUCGUGGUCCUCUCCUGGCUCUCCUUCUGGAUCAACCCUGACGCGAGUGCUGCCAGGGUGCCUUUGGGCAUCCUCUCGGUGCUCUCCCUGUCCUCCGAGUGCACCUCGCUGGCUUCGGAGCUGCCCAAAGUGUCCUACGUCAAGGCCAUCGACAUCUGGCUCAUCGGUUGCCUGCUGUUUGGUUUCGCCUCGCUGGUGGAGUACGCCGUGGUCCAGGUGAUGCUCAACAGCCCGAAGCGCAUCGAGGCCGAGAAGGCCAAGAUAGCGGCCAAGGAGAAGGCUGCGGGGAAAAGCCCCGCGGCCAAGAACAACGCGGUCAACGGGACGGGAGGGACACCGCUGCAUGUCAGCACCUUGCAAGUGGCCGAGACUCGCUGUAAGAAGGUGUGCACCUCCAAGUCCGACCUGCGGACCAACGACUUCAGCAUCGUGGGCUCGCUCCCGCGGGACUUUGAGCUGUCGAACUUUGACUGCUACGGGAAGCCCAUCAACAACGCCGGCGCUCACGGCAAAUCCCAGGCCAAGAACAAGAGGCCCCCUCCCCCGAAGCCGGUCAUCCCCUCCGCCGCCAAGAGGGUGGACCUGUACGCCCGAGCCCUCUUCCCUUUCUCCUUCCUCUUCUUCAAUGUGGUUUAUUGGACCGUUUACUUGUGA